CCGGGAGUCGAGAGUUGUAAGGAGCGUGUUCGCCGCUCGCAUCUUCUUGUGGCCCUAAGAAAAGUCUGUCUGUGAAGGGCACUGCCCUGCGGAGCGAGGAACCGGUCUGUUCUGCCCUGGAAAUGGAGGGCAGGUGCUAUGGUUGCGCGGUCAAGUUCACUUUAUUCCGAAAGGAGUGUGGCUGUAAGAACUGCGGGCGCGCCUUCUGCUCCAGCUGCCUGCCCUUCAGUGCAGCCGUGCCGCGCCUGGAGCGGACCCAGCAGAAGGUCUGCAGGGCGUGCUACGAAGCCCUGGCCAGAGGCCCGGCCGAGGCCAGCGUCUCCAAGCGGUCGCCACCGGAGAACUACAAGAACACUCUUCAUUCCCCACCCCAACAGGCGGGUUGCUGCGUUGGAGGCCAAGCAGAAGCUCGUGGUGCCCCAGGGCAUAGGUCGGCCACAGGGACUAUCUCAAGAAGACCAAGUCAUUGCCAAGCGACUUGAGAAACUCCGCCAGGGGACCAAGCCUAAGGUGGUGCCUUCCCAGGCAGAGAUUGAGGCAAGGCUGGCUGCUCUUCGGGAUGAGCCUCGAGGCCCCAUCCCUUCCACGGAGGAGAUGGAGGACCGGCUAGCUGUGCUGCAGGGCAGAGUCCCCCCUUCCCAGGCUCCUCGGCCGGUCCACCAACCUCCUGACACCAGGACACAGGCCCAACAGGCAGAGGACCUUUUGACUCAGCUAGCAGCAGAGGUGGUGAUCAAUGAAAGCUGUGAUCAAGAAACUCCAUCGCCAGGUGUCUCUCUGCAAAAUGACCUUAACCGGGACAGUCCAAGGAGCUGGAAUAUUGGCCCGGCUGAGCUGGCCCACCAGCAGCUGGAAGGAGAGAAGGGCAGGCUCCUGGCAGAGGCAGCAGCUGAGCUAAGGGAGGAGAACACCCGGCAGGAGAGGAUCCUGGCCCUCGCCAAGCGGCUAGCUGUACUCCGGGGCCUGGACCCCGAAGGAGUGACCUUGCAGAAUUAUCACUUCCCUGAUAGCGAUGAGGAUGAAGAAGAGGCCAUCCAGAGAGUCCUUCAGCAGCUUACAGAAGAGGCUGCCCUAGACGAGGCAAGUGGCUUCAACAUUCCUGCUAAGCAGGGGCCUCCAUCCCGGGCCCAGCCUAAGGCCCCCGUUGUGGCCCCCAAUACCGACUCAGAGGCGGAGGAGGAGCUACCCUGGUGCUGCAUCUGCAAUGAAGACGCCACACUGCGCUGCUAUGGUUGCGACGGCGACCUUUACUGCCUACGCUGCUUCCGGGAGGGUCACGAUGCCUUUGAACGGAAGGAGCACCGAACAUCUGUCUACCACCCCCCCUGCACAAGAGGAGAGCACUAACUCCUGCUGGGGUCUUGCUGGAAAGGCAGCGCCUGGGAAAGAGGCCCAGAGGUCGGGAGUUCCUAGUGCUCCCUGCGCCUCAGAGGGUGCUCCUUGGGGGUGCUACUCAGAGGGAGGAGCUGAUGCAUGGGGGAGCCCUCCUCUGCAGCCUUGGCUGCCCAAGGAGGAGGCUGGAUUCUCCUUCCUGAGACAGGGAAGGGCAGUUCAAGUCAGGGCCACUGCCAGAGGAGGGGAAGGAAGCAGGGACCACCAAGGGUUUUAAUGCUUACUCUACUAAUAUCACCAGUCUUAAACCUGGCCCAAAGAACUAUUCUCCCUCCAGAUCCACAGUACCUCAUUAUCCCCUAAUUAAAUGUAUUGAUUCCCCAAAACUUGUGUCCUGUCUUCCCUCAAGCCACAGGAAACAUGAGUCUGAGGCAGCAGGGGUGAGGGGCAAGAGCAGGCCAGGGCUGGGCCCCGGACCGAGCAGGGAUCCGGCUUCUCACCACCAGCAUUAGAUAGCCUGACAGGAACACCUCAAUUUCCUCAGUGCUUCUGCCGCUGGCCCUGAGAGUAGGAGGGAUGCUCGAGCCUGGGGCCAAGGCCCACCAUGCCCCUUAACUCUUAUUGCUUCGCCAGGCCCCAGCUUGGAUCCUGGCCCAAAGUCCGUGCACUAGCAGUGCCCUUCAGAGGCAACUAGGUGGUGGGGCAGCAGAUGU